GUUUUGACCUUACGGCUGCUGUCAUUCGUAUUCCUCCAACUUUUUUUUUCCACCCGCCAGCAAAUCUUCGGAAAAAUGAUGAAUUUUAAAUGAAAAGAACGUCUUAGAAGAGCGCAUCGUGAUGCCGGAGAGUUAAUAAGCAGCUCCAAAGUAAAGUGCAAUUAAAUAAUAUAGUUUUAGAUAACGGAAACGGCGGUGCUGACCGGAAGAAGGCGCAGCAGGGGGAGGAGCAUUGUUCUAAAUGCCGAUUUAUUACUCAUUUUUACCAAAACGUAUUUGUGUGUGCCUAGUUAGCUAAGUUAAUUAAUAAAUUAACGCCAGACGAUGAACUUCACGUACUUGUUCGUGCUCAUUUGGCUGGCGCUGCUCAUUAGCGGCGGAGUGCUGUUGUUCUCGCGUGGUUUCCUGCUGGCCCGCGUCUCGAAAACGGAGACGAGUUCAUGCCGGAGAUUGUCCACGAAUCCCAAUGAUGAGUAUUUCCUCACUCCCGAGGUUGUGAACGAGAUCUUCAAGGAUGUCAAUGCCUCCGCCCAUCUGUGUCUUCCGCAAAAGACAAAGGUUAUUGUACUGGUAGUGGAUGCCUUGAAGUACGAAUUUGGCCUGUACAAAGAGAACGUAAAGGAGCCUUUGCCCUAUGAGAACAAACUGGUGGUGCUGCAGGAGCUGCUCGAUCGGAGCCCAGAUCAUGCCAGGCUGAUGAGAUUCCGGGCGGAUCCGCCCACCACAACGAUGCAGCGCCUGAAAGGUCUGACCACUGGUAGCCUGCCCACCUUUAUAGACAUCGGGUCGAACUUUGCCUCGCCGGAGAUUAACGAGGAUAAUGUCAUUGACCAGAUUGUAAAGAGCGAUCUGCCGCUGGUCUUUCUGGGCGACAGCACCUGGACGGAUUUGUAUCCGCGACGCUUUAAACGCGCCUACUCCUAUCCCAGUUUCGAUAUCUUUGAUUUGGAUAGUGUGGACAAUCAGAUAAUGAAGCAUUUGCCCAAGGAGCUGGCUAGCGAUGAUUGGCAAGUGCUGGUGGCCCACUUUCUGGGCGUCGAUCACUGCGGACACAAGCAUGGACCCUUGCACGAGGAAAUGGCGCGCAAACUGGGCGAAAUGAACGAGGUGAUAAGAUCCGUGGUGGACGCCAUGGACAACGAGACCACUCUGCUGGUGAUGGGUGACCACGGAAUGACGGCAUCUGGAGACCACGGAGGCGACACCGAUGACGAAACCAAUGCCCUACUGUUUGCCUACUCCAAGCAGCACAGAUUCUACGGCAAUGAUACGGGUUCAGAUAGCGAAAUGCUGCAGCAGAUUGAUCUAGUGCCCACAUUGGCCACCAUUCUCGGCGUCCCCAUACCCUACUCGAAUCUGGGCCUGAUCAACUUCAACAUUAUUCCGGAGAUCCCGGUGCCGCACUUGAACAGGUUUCAGACCCUGCUCCUUCAUGUCUGGCAGAAUGCCCAGCAGAUCUAUCGCUACUUCUUCCAGUACGCCCUGGAGAACAAGCGUACCUUCAAUGUGGAUGAGAUGGACCGUCUGGAGACCGAGUUUAUACUGUUAACCCAUCGAGUGCAGACCAUAUACAAUGAGGCAGCCUUUAAAUCGUUUGUGCGAGAUCUGAACAUACAUCUACGCGACAUACUGAGUACUUGCCGCGAGAUCUGGGUAAGGUUUGAGCCCACGCAAAUGAUGCACGGGCUGCUCUUCAGCUUCCUGCCCGUAUUCUUCAUUUUUCUACUGGUCAACAACUCGCGCCCAGCGGACUAUGUACGCAUCUUCAAGGCCAAGGAAGUGUUCUACACGUACCUGAUAAACCUGGCAGCUGGAGUGUUUGGUUACCGCUACUACAAGAACUUUUCGUUCAAGACGGAGGAGCACGGCGUAAUCUUCUUCACGGCGCUUGCCAGUGCUGUUAUCCUUGCCUUCCAUACGCUGCGUCACUGGGCCAGCCUUGUCGAGAACUGGGCUGCUGUCAAGCGAUUUGGAAACAUGCCCACUCGUCUGCUUCUCUUCGGCUCCAUGGCUGUGUUCUUUUCGAAUAGCUUCGUCAUCCAGGAGGCCAAGAUGCUGUCGUAUUUGCUGGCGGGAUCCAUUCUUGUGCUUAGCCAUGAACUCCUGCGAUUGAGCACGCGGUUCGAGUUUAGGAGCAAAAUAAAGGUCUCCCAGUUGCUGCGCUCGACUGCCUUCAGGCUGAUCCUGGCCAGCGUCUUGGCGAUAUGCUUCAUUCGCUUCGCAUACACAUUGUUCCGUUGCCGCGAGGAGCAGGGCAACUGCACGGAUUUUGCCACCAGCGGCGGACCUGGAUUCUCGCUCAAAAAGCCCGGCACCGGCAAGUCCUACAUCCUGGCCGUAUUCAUGAUUGUGGUGUAUACAACACUCACGCGGUUGUACCUCCGAUCCUGCGGAAAUCUUACGGGGAACUCAGCUAAUGUCCUAUUGGCUCGCUACGGACCUACGGUAGCCUCCAUCUGCGCCGGCGGUCACGUGCUGCUUGCCCAGAGCUCCAUCAAAAAUAUCCAGCGUUCCCAUAUUGAUGCUAUGGCUCUAGUGAUCUACGGUCUGCUCCUGCUGCAGAUCAUAGUGGUCUCAGUGGCUCCGCUGAUGACCUUUGUGCUGCCCCCAAGGACUGGCAAUACGGUGACGAUCAACGGAAACGAGAGCAUUGUACCGGAGAUCUUCAGGAAGAUGAAGCGCAUGUACGAAGGCGACGACGUUGACUUGGAGCGUCGAAAUGCCAUCCCAGUGGUGUACGGCUUGGCCACCGUCUACUCCUCCAUUGUCAUUGCGUUUGGUGUGUUCCUGGCCCUGGUGAUGAUCGUCCUCCUGGAACCACGUGCCUCCAUCGGUCUAGUGCUAUGUGUGGCCGUCUCCGCUAUCCUGCUUAGUGUGCAUGGCAUUCUGCGCUAUCGCACUGCCACUAGCUUUGAGAGCUGCGUGCAACCCACUUUUACGGCCCUCGUGGGCUGGUUCCUGCUGGCCCACUUCUGCUUCUUCGCCACCUCGCACCAGACGACACUGUCGCAGAUUGAGUGGCGCGCCGCCUUCGUGGGUCGCACCACUGGCCUGGGACAGUCCAAUAUAAUAUCCGGUUGCCUGGUGAUCCUGAACACCUUUUGCGGUCCCAUCUUCUUCUUUUGCAUGUACUCCUUGCUGAGCACGGAGACCUUUUCACUGUUUGCCCUGUUUCCCAACCUAAUCCGAAGCUGCAGAAAUAAUGCUGGCAAGGCAGAUGCGACGGCAACCUUGUCGGAUUUGGCCAACGAGGCCGUAGGCUUUGAUAUGACGAGGGGUGAACUGACACUGUAUGAGUAUGAGGAUGUGUUCCUGGGCGCUAAUUUUAAGCUGGCCGCGCAGUUCUUUAUGCUGCAGGGACUGAAGAUCUUUUGUGCAAUGCUCGCCUGCACCAUCCACUGCCGCCACCUGAUGGUUUGGAAGAUAUUUGCGCCACGCUUCAUCUAUGAGGCCCUGGCCACCUUUGUCAGCCUGCCGGCCCUGAUUGUGGGCUACCUACUCCUGCUUCGCAUCCACCGCGCCGUGGACACUCUGAUAAAGCGCAUCAACAAGACCAAGGUUCACUAGUCAGUCCGAGUCUCAUCCCGAAAUGCAACACUAUUUAUUUAAUAAAAUAAAACCAACUGCUUCUGGUGGUCUUGUAGUUUUUUAA